UUAUGAAUGUCAAACUUCUUACAGAAAUUUUCUUCCGAAUCGUUCGACAUUUCAGCGAGCUUUGUAAAGAAACAUUUCGUGAAAAAAUGAAUAAUAAACAGAAGUUGGUAAUCGUAGUUUGAAUUGAAAAUAGCCUCUUCAUAAGACUGAAGUAAACUUCUCAGAUAUGUACGAAAUAAAUAGGAAUCACGUGUCGUUUAAUGUACAAUUCGUAUAGCGAACAAAAUGUAUACCAAAAGGUUGUUAAAAAGGCGAUUAGAUGUUCAUGUCUGCGAACUACCGCAAACAUCCGAGAGCAAUUUACCAAAAUUGCCUCCGAAUGCAAAAUUUUACGCGCAUUGGAGGCGAAAUUUUCAGAAGUUAAUUCUGGUUUCUGUAAAUCAUCCAUUAAUACGUAACUUUCUACGCAGUUAUGCUGCUGUCGCGUUUGAAAAACGAAGACAUGGACGUUCUUCGUUUUGGUGGGUAAUACAUCCCUGCAGUAAGUUGAGGUUUUAUUGGGACCUCUUAAUGACAUUCAUUUUCCUGUACCUCUUCAUAGCUGUGCCAUAUCUUUUCGCAUUUCAUAGAGUAGCGAAAAGUUCUGGUCCAGAAAGCUUAAACCCACUGUAUCCUGCAUACAUUGUUUGUAUAUUGGAUAUUGUUUUGAAUUUUAUAACUGGAUUUACAUCAUCCAAUCGUCAUGAAAUCUUUCUGGAUCCAGUUCUAAUAACACGGCAUUACGCAAGAGGAUAUUUUAUAAUUGAUUUUGUAUCUUCGGUUCCUUACAUAUGGUUUUAUAGAUAUCGUAUAUUGCAUCCAGGUCCUGACUCAAAUUCUAUUUUCUUGAUUCCUGAAUUUUUGCUGCUCUUUAAGCUCUUCCGUAUUUAUACGUUACGUCUUUACGUGAAACAAAUAAUUACAAGUUUCUCAGUUUCUCAUGCUACAGAAAAAACUAUUUGGUUAGCUCUGCUGAUGUUAUUAAUGUUUCAUUGGUGUAGCUGUGUAUCGCAUGCAUUUCCAAUUGUGGUUGCACAUGUAUACGGAGAGACCAUGAAGGAUUUUGGAAUGUAUUUGUGUACUGCAGAAUUAUACAAAAGAAGUGACCUGGAAAUUUAUUUAAUGUAUUUUCAUAUCGGCAUAAGCAACUUCUUUGGAUCAAGCUUUAUCGAAUUUUAUUCCUUUAGUAAAGUGGAUACUGUGAUACGUUGUAUACUUUUGCUGAUAGGAAGAGGAUUUAUGUUUUAUUUCAUGGUGAUGAUCUUGCAAUUUCUCGAAUCCGCUGUGGAACCAGAGCUAAAGUACGAACGUAUUAUUCAUCAAGUGAAAGAAUACAUUUACGAAAAGAAACUCCCAGAACGUCUCAAAGAUAAACUUCUGGCAUAUUACGAGUAUCGUUUUCAAGGCAGUUACUUUAAGGAAAAGGCCAUAUCCAGCACUUUAUCUGAACAUUUAAACCAGGAAAUUAUAAUCCACAGUAGUCGUGGCUUAUUAGACACAGCCACGAUUCUACAUUAUCUACCACGCAAUGUUAUUGGAAAUUUAAUGGGGAUUCUAAAACAGGUGAUUUAUCUGAACGAAGAUAUUAUUUAUAAAAGCGAAACUGAAGGUGACUGUAUGUUUUUCAUAAUCAGCGGUACCGUCGCUCUUAUUACAUUUCAUGGAAAAGAAAUAUGUCACGAGAAGGAUGGAGGCUAUUUCGGGGAGGGUGCUUUAAUUUUCCCGGAACAAAGAAGAUUAGAAACUGUAAUGGCGCUGGAAGUUUGCGAAUUAUUGCGUUUAAAUCGUCGCGAUUUCAAACGCAUGUUCUCAGUGACAAACAUGGUUGAACUCAAGUGGGAAGAAAAGUAUGAACUUAUCACUAGGAAUUUGGCUGAGUGGCUUGGCGAUGAGAAACUCAAAGGUAUCCUAAAACAGCGAGAUUUGAAACUCUACUGGGGUACAGCGACAACUGGAAAGCCACAUGUUGGUUACUUCACGCCGAUGUCUAAGAUAGCAGACUUUUUAAGAGCUGGUGCAGAAGUUACUGUGUUAUUCGCAGAUCUUCAUGCUUAUUUAGAUAACAUGAAGGCACCUUGGGAACUUUUAGAACUUCGUGUUCAAUACUACGAAGCAGUUAUCAAAGCGAUGCUCAAGUCUAUCGAUGUACCUUUGGACAAGCUAAAAUUUGUCAAGGGAACGGAGUAUCAGUUGUCUAAGGAAUAUACUUUGGAUGUUUAUCGUUUAACUUCUGUUGUAACCGAGCAUGAUGCAAAAAAGGCAGGUGCAGAAGUAGUUAAACAGGUGGCUAAUCCUUUGCUCUCCGGAUUGUUGUAUCCAGGACUACAAGCUUUGGAUGAAGAAUACCUUAAGGUUGAUGCUCAAUUUGGUGGUGUGGAUCAAAGAAAGAUCUUCACUUUCUCUGAGAAAUAUUUGCCUAUGCUUGGAUACGAGAAACGUAUCCAUUUGAUGAAUCCAAUGAUUCCUGGAUUAGCGGGAUCGAAAAUGUCUUCUUCCGAGGACGAUUCCAAGAUUGAUCUUUUAGAUAAUGCUGCAACAGUAAAAAAGAAGUUGAAAAAAGCAUUUUGCGAACCUGGUAAUGUCUCCGAUAACGGAAUUCUCUCGUUUGCCAAGCACGUAAUAUACUGUUUGUUAAAAGAGGGAGAGUCUUUUACUGUACCAAGAACCCCUGAAUUUGGGGGAGAUAUAUCGUUCGAGAAAUAUGAGGACUUGGAGAACGCGUUCGCUAAAGAAGAAAUUCAUCCUGGGGAUUUAAAAAAUGCAGCUGAAAUUUACAUUAACAAACUUUUGAAUCCAAUUAUAAAAGAAUUCGAAGCAGAUCCGAAGUUGAAAGCUUUAGCGAGUAAAGCUUAUCCUCCACCACAGAAGCAAAAAGCUGUAGAACAAUUAACACCAGCCCGGUUAGACAUCAGAGUUGGAAAGAUAGUCGAAGUGUCGAAGCAUCCCGAUGCUGAUUCACUGUACGUUGAAAAAAUUGAUUUGGGAGAGCCUACUGGGCCUCGUACGAUCGUCAGCGGUCUUGUAAAUUAUGUACCACUGGAAGAAAUGAAAGACAGAAUGGUGGUUAUUCUUGCAAACUUAAAACCGGCGAGUCUCAGAGGCAUACAGUCUCACGGAAUGGUUCUAUGUGCAUCUGUAGACGAACCCACAAAGCGAGUCGAACCAUUAAGACCGCCAGCAGAUUGUAAACCAGGCGAGAAAGUCAUUGUAGAGGGAUACGAAGACGGAUCGCCAGACGAUGUACUAAACCCAAAGAAAAAAGUGUGGGAGAAGCUACAAGUUGAUCUCGUAGUAAAUGGUAAUGGAGAAGCAUCGUGGAGCGGAAAUCUUCUGUUCACUGCAAGCGGUGGUAAACUUAUAGCUGACAGUCUUAAAAACGUAACAAUUAAAUAAUCCAUUUUGAACACGUAAGUGUCUGAACAGUUUUAUUUUAUACAAUAUACAAGAAUGACCGCAAUUCGACCUUGCAAACGAGAGUGCUUGAUAUCUAAAACUGCUUUUUCUAUUUUAUUUGAAUGUAGCAUCACGAUUUUGUAUUUUUCAUAUGUAAGUACACGAUUCCAAAAAUAGAUAGAUGCAGCGAAUUUUAUAUAUUUAUUAGAAAAUAAUAAUAAUAAUAAUAUCUUCAUCCUGUCCUUGUACUAAAUCGUAAUUGCUAAUGAAUCUUUAGAACAUAGGAGCUUGAAAGAAAAAUUGGAUAUUGGAUAUUGGACUAAUUAUUUAAAUGGUAUUUGAUUUUUCAUACUAUAUUAUUUUGGUACCUGUACACAUGUACAUACGCGUAUCCUAUACAGACAUUUAUCUUCGUACAAUAAUGUGCAAUAAAUUUUCGCCGUGUUUGAAUUAGUUUCUUCGUUUAUAUACAAUUAUAUAAAUUUGGCACACUCAAAUAAAAAUAAAAGUUUUAUGCAGCGGUAU